AUGGGCGUCCGUCUCUUGUCACUCGCGGCGCUGGUCGCGAGGGCGGCUGCGUUCGACUUUGACGACGAGGCGCCAGCGGCGGCGGUGCCCGCCAAGCCCAAGCCGGCCCCCGAGACCAGCAAAACCGUCUCGCUGCUGCACCGCAUCGGCGACGCCGGCGCGUUUGCAGAGCGCUCGAAGCUGUGGUAUCGCGAGGCUGCCUCGGCGGGCGGCGGCCUGCGAGUGCGGCUCGGGCCCGCGAAGCUGAGCGGCGCCGAGCGGGACGCCUUCGCCGCCCUCCUCGACUCUGGCGGCCACUACACCCUCCGCCUGCCCUCCAACUUUUCGGCGCCCGCCGACUCGCCGCCGGUGUUUGCGUCGGUGUCGGCGUGCUCGCUCGCCGAGUCGCGCUUCGAGGAGGCGAUCGAGCUGACCUUCUCCACCGCAGGGACGCUGACCUCGGUCUCGUACACCGUGCCGGCCGCCUCCGAAUGCCCUCCCACUUUGCCGCUCGCAGCGACCGAGGUGGGCUUCUCCACCACGGUCACCAUCACCUACCCCUCCGAGGGCCCGCGCCCGAUCGGCCGC